AUGCUCCUUGUGACAUUAAAAUGCUUGCGCCAAGGCGGGUGGCAGUGGAUGGAGAGGCAGGCUCGCGAUCCCUUCGUUUUGGAGGCUCGUCGACGCGGGUAUGUCGCCCGUAGUGCCUUUAAAUUAAUAGACAUUGACGACAAAUUUGGUCUCUUCGUUCACCGGCGCACACGCGUUGUGGUGGACAUAGGCUGCAGUCCGGGCGGCUGGCUCCAAGUGGCACGUGAGCGCUGCGGAGAUCGUUGUGCUCUCUUUGGGGUGGAUCUGCUGCACGUAUCCCCCUCAGUGACAGGCGCGGUGUGCAUUCAGGGCGACCUCACUGAUACGGCGGUUCAGCAGGAACUUCUCUCGCGAAUGGCACACGUUCAAGCCAGUGGAGUGGUGGAUGUAGUGCUGUCAGACAUGUGUCUCAACCGCGGCUCUGGCGGCACCGACGAUCGACAGAAGCAGGUGGAGUUAAACAUGAAGGCGUUGGCCUUCGCCAUUAGUCAGUUGAAAACGGGCGGGAACUUUGUUUGCAAGGUCCUUGGUAGCCCAACAGCGUAUGAGGAGCUGUACAGGGAAUUUAAGAGGUGGUUUGUGCGUUCGACGCUCUGUAAGCCUUCCUCGAGCCGCCGCGGGAGUGACGAGGCGUUCAUGGUGUGCCUCGCAAAGAGGGAGACACCACAUCUACGAAGCUACGACGCCGCGCAUGCUGAGGCACGCGGCUUUGGCCUGGAUGACUGGCCAGGCCUUUUACGCAGACCACGGCACCGACGUUGA